UUUAUCUUCCGCGGAAGCGGAGUUCUCAGUUGCGUGUGAGAGCUAGAUGUGUAAAAGUAGGUGACAGGUAGUGACUGCUUAGAGGCAGAUUCUGCAUAAUUUUACCAUAACAUGGCAGAGGUUUGAAAGCAAAGCUAUAAAAAGAGGCGAAUUGGUGGCUUACUUUAUUUAAUUAUGCUAUUACAAAGAUAUUCUUCCGAGGGUGGGAUGGAUUUGAACGGAUCCCCAGUGAAAUCGCCAAGUGACGAUUCUACCUUUCACCUUGCACGAACUUCGAGCAGCAUAGGUGAAACAGAGCAUUCAAGCGGCGAGUCAUCGGACACCGACAUAACAGAGAAGGAGCAUGGCACGGAGCCCUUUGGAGGGGACGGGAGUGGAGACGAUCCCAAAACAAAGAAACAGCGAAGACGGAGAACUCACUUCACUACCCAGCAGCUACAGGAGCUUGAGGGAACCUUUCAACAAAACCGCUACCCUGAUAUGAGCACCAGAGAAGAGAUCGCCUUGUGGACCAACCUCACAGAAGCCAGGGUUCGGGUGUGGUUUAAAAAUCGCAGAGCUAAAUGGAGGAAGACUGAGCGUAGCCAGGCAGAGAUGUGUAAGAGCAGCUGCCUGCCCCAGCUUGGCGUCCUGGCACAGCCCUAUGAGGACAUAUACCGGCCCUACGCCUACACCAGCUGGAACGGCAAGACCCUGCCGCCCACAUCCCUCCCCUUCUACAACACCAUGAGCCCACACCCGUCCCAAACCAUGUUCCCCUCCCCCAGUGCCCUGUCUCCCAUGAGCCUGCCCCCCUGCACGGGACACUCUGCUCUGCCCGCCAUGUCCGCCACGCCCUCGGCGGGGCUGAGCAGCCUCGGCGGCUCGCCGCUCGGUUCGGCCAUGUCUUCUCCCGCCGGCCCCGACGCCUCCACCGUCCCGCCAUACGGCAUUUACCGUGACGUCACGCGGGGCCUCCGCGCGGCGUUUACCGCGUCACUGCGCUGAGGCCGAACACUGAGCGCCUCCCUGAUCUGCGUGCCUGUCAGUACCCCGGCAGGCCUUCUCAGCGUACUCUGGACAGAGGAGCACUUAAACAAACAGACCACGGUUCAGGUACUUUCAAAUGGAUUAUGGGAGUUGAAAACUUGCAUAAUGCCACUUUGGACUGUUUUUGGAAAGCAUUUUUAAACAUCUUUCAUCCCCCUAUUUUUUAUUUGUUGGUUUCUAAAUUCUAGAAUGCAGGGUCUCAUUUGCUGGCCCCAUCCACUGUUACAACGUGAUCCUUAAAUUCAAGGCAAGGCAGCCGUUGCUUCUUUUCAGCUGGCAGUCCAGCAGAACUCAGGAUGGCAGAAUGAAAAGCUGAGGACAAGCAGGUCACAGGCAGAGGGAGUGAGGGCCAAGAGAAGGCCGACUGCCAGUCCCCAAUCAACAAGAGGAGUCCUUCCUCAGGGAGUCAUGCCAGUUAGAAUCGUCCCACCCUGGUCAAUGCGGUGUGCACCACCUUGUUGGACUGCCAGCCAAUAUUGACACUGUCACAGUAAAGGACACACUACAAUGGUAAAGUCAACACUUCUUUCGUUUGUAUACAUAUGUAAGAAUUUGUGUACCUUUGUUCAAAUAUGCAGAGGUACCACAUCCCUGUUUACUGAGAAAAGCACUUCAUCAGAAAUACUGUUUAUAUUCAUCAUUUAGAGUAUACAGACUGCUUCGUUGUAAAUUCAGCUGUUUCGCAUGUACUGUUUCGAUACCAAUAAAAAGCUGAAUCCA